GUCUAUAUAAAGCAUUGCACCCAUCAACAAAGCAUUCUACGAAUAUUACAUAGGGCUCAACAUGUCUGGUCGCGGCAAAGGAGGAAAAGGUCUAGGAAAGGGAGGCGCGAAGCGUCAUCGCAAGAUCCUUCGGGAUAACAUCCAGGGCAUCACCAAGCCCGCCAUUCGCCGUCUCGCCCGCCGUGGUGGAGUCAAACGAAUCUCUGGCCUCAUCUACGAGGAGACCCGUGGCGUUCUCAAAGUCUUCCUUGAGAACGUUAUCCGUGACGCGGUCACCUACACCGAGCACGCCAAGCGUAAGACUGUCACCGCCAUGGACGUAGUCUACGCUCUGAAGCGACAAGGCCGAACCCUGUACGGAUUCGGCGGCUAGAUUAUCUAGUCAACACAAACCAACGGCUCUUUUAGGAGCCACCACAUGCAAUGAAGGUCGUGAUCAAACGCAUCAAUAAAAUUAUGCCACAGAACUCGUUUUCAAUCACACAAACUUUUAACAUAAAGCGUACAUUAUGCAUUUAAGGGUAAAUUCUUUAAACAACAUUUAUAAAAGCAAAUGGUUUUUAGAAAUGUAAUAGAGACUACCUUUGCUUUGUUGUCAUUG